CUGCAGCAGUACCAAAUUGCUCCCAUCCUUUCGCGGUUCGCUUGAAACAGAGGACAGCCCUGGGACAGCCCGCGACAAAUUUGCCAAACCAGCGGCUUUCCAAUUGGAAGACAAGUUAGGCAUAUCACGCUGCAUGUUUCAUGUCAUUACCAGUACCGAUUGACCUGACCAAGGUAGAACAGCCCAAAUCGACGCUCGGGUGCCCCAUCCUCGACGGGUUCCUUCGCGGAGGCUUCGCGUGCGGAACCGUCACCGAGCUCACCGGCGAGGCUUCUGCGGGCAAGACGCAGUUGGUGCUGCAGAGCCUCCUCACCGUUCAGCUGCCAGAAGAGGAGGGCGGGCUCGCCGGCAAGGCCGUCUACUUCUACACGGAGGGAAAGCCGCCUGUGGACCGGCUCAAGUCCAUUCUAGAGAACCGCUUCCCGCACCGACGUGACGUGUGUCUGGACAAUGUGCUCGUCGAGAGCCGCGCCAUCUCCACCCCCGAAGCGCUGCAGCUGUCGGUUCGGGUGCUGGAGGGCAUGUUGGAGAAGAGCAACGCCGGUGGUGCGGGCGGCGCCGGCGGCAGCAACACAGGCACGGUCAGCCGGGCUCGGGGCGCCGGUGGCGGCCACAGGACAGCUGAGCUCAGCAGCAGACCGAUCCGGCUGGUUGUGAUUGACUCAGUGGCGCACGUCUUCCGGGACGCGGGCGCGGAGGAGGCCGGCGGUGGCGGUGGGCACGACCAGCCGCAGGUGCAGCAGUGGCACCGCCGCGCCACACUGCUGUUCACGCUCGCAGCCGCGCUCAAGCGGCUGGCUGACCGCUACGGGCUGGCCGUGCUGCUGACCAACCAGAUCAUGGACGACAUCAACCACGACACUGGCGCGGUGGAGAUGGGUCUGCCUAGCACGCUGCGCCUGCACCAGCCCGGCUCCCGCGCCGCGCCGCUGGUCAGCUCCGGCCGCCGCGUGCUGCCGGCCCUGGGCCUGGCCUGGGCCAACUGCGUCAACACGCGCCUGUUCGCGGCCCGGCACGAGGGCUGGGGCGGCGGCGUCAUUCGCAGCCUGCAGGUGGUGUUUGCGCCGCACCUGCCGCACUCCUACUGCUGCUUCCGCCUCGAUGUGGACGGCGUGUGGGGCGUGGAUGACGAAGAAGACCGGCAGCAGCCGCAGCCGCAGCAGCCGCCGCUGCAGCAGCAGCCGCUGCAGCCGCAGCUGCAGGCACAACAAGAGCUGCAGCCGCCGCAGCAUCGACAGCAGCAUCCCGCGGGGCAGGUGGCGGGCUGCGCGGGAGCCGGCAGCCAGGUCGGGUUGUGUGGGGGCGCGGCGGUAUGGCAAGGCGGGUGAGGGCAGACGCCUCGUUGAUGCAACACACAAGGCUUCCAAGUUGGCGCGCUAUCUAGCAGUUUAUUAGCACAUGACCAGUUUGCUGGCAUUGGUAAUGCUGGGCUUCGCCUAGAAGGGGGCGGCAUCAGCCAACCUCAUGGAUUGCAGGUUGAUCUGGGUUUUAGGGGUCGGCGGCCUGCUCGUGCCUGCCUGCGCGCGGGCACGCGGCGGCGGACAGGAGGGUGGGAAAUUGCCUGGAUUGCCGGAACCUCUGGUCAUACAUUUGACGGCCGGCCUUGGGGAUCUUUGGGAAUAGAAUACCAUAACCCCACCCCCACGCCCCACCCCACACUUCUGGGAUUUUUUGGGCUCGGGGCCUCACAUACCCCCCCUCUCCAACAAGCUAGGGCGUGGGGUUGGGGGUUGGGGGGGGGGGGCUUCGCCGCUUAAGUAAGCGAGUCGGCCCCGCGGUGGCUCCCGCUAGCCUUCGGAAUCCCAGGGCGCUAGCUCCAGCUGGCACGAGCCUCAGGUGGGACGACCCUUUCGCUCGUGAGCUGCGUCAGCAGGUCCCUGUUGUAUUUUAGACCGUGUAUGUAACCUUCGCCUCAG